ACCAAGCGCCAGCAUGAAGGGAGACCGCCCCGAGCCGCAGCGCCUCACCGGUGUCCUCGACGCUGCCGCCGCCUCUUCGCCGGGGCAGGCGGAGGGAGGCGCAGCGGGGCAGGUGCCGCCGCCCCUGUGGAUCUUUGGGUACGGGUCGCUGGUGUGGAGGCCGGGCUUCGAGUUCACGUCGAGCAAAGUGGGGUUUAUCCGCGGGUACAGCCGGCGGUUCUGGCAGGGAGACUCCUUCCACCGCGGCACGGCGAGAGCGCCCGGCCGAGUGGUGACGCUGCAGGAGGACUGCGGGGCAUGCACAUGGGGUGUAGCCUAUGAAGUCCGUGGGGAACAAAUUGCUGCAUCACUCCAGUACCUCAACGUGCGAGAAGCUGUCUUGGGAGGCUAUGAUACCAAGCUGGUGAAGUUCCACCCUCAGGAGAAAGAUGUGGAGGAGCCCAUCCUCGCGCUUGUUUACAUUGCGACACCCCAGAACCCGUCUUACCUCGGCCCAGCGUCUGAAGAAGACAUUGCAGCUCAGAUCAUUGUCUCGAGUGGUUGUGCUGGUCAUAACAUUGAGUACUUGCUGAGACUGGCAGACUUUAUGCGCUUCUUUUGUCCUCAAGCGGAGGACAAACAUCUCUUCUCCAUUGAAGAGGCUCUUAUUUCCAUCCUUCCAUGCCUAUACUACACAGAGGAUUCUCUAGAAGAAACUGCAAGUGUUCCUCAGAAGUCUAAGGGUUGAAAUAGAAGAUUUUUGUCGGGGUCCCGGUAGAAGGGGUGUAAGGGAGAAAACGAUGGGGACAGUCUUAACUCUGAUAAAAUAUUCUGGACUGAGUGAAUAAAGGGAGAAUUAGCAAAUAGUAGGGGAGGGAGGAAGUGGAGUACAACACGCUUGCUAUAGAACUUGCAAUUAAUAACUGUUAUACUCCUGACCUGUAGCACCACAAUAGCCAUCACUGCUUUCCAGGGAGCGGAGCAGGGAUCUUUGCUGGAACUUUGCUCUGUAAGUCUUGCUUCCAGGGGUCAAACCUGAAGCACUCUUUCUCUGUAGAGAAGAAAGAGGCACAUCUAUUCUGUGUAUACCCUUUUUCUUUUUUUUUUUUUUUUUGUCUUUCUUUCAAGACUAGUUGAGCAGGACUUGACUGGCUUUAAGCAGUAUAUAUAUAUAUAUAUAUAUAUAAAAUUCUACCUCAGAUUGGCAAAAAGUUGUUUGUGUAGUGGUGGAGACUUGAGCAGGUUCUGCCAAUUAAGACAGCCUUUUUUCCCCUGCUGUCCCACCUCCAGUACAAUGAACUGAUGCUAAAUUUCAGGACUUCAGUGCAAUAUUAAAAGAACUGGCCUCUGUAGGCUCUUAUGGAUUCUACUUUUCUUGUGAAGGAUCACAGUAAUGCACUUAUUUUCUAAAAUAUCGUAUUUAUUCUGUGUUAUAUUUCCCCUUGAGAGGGGUAUCUAAACUACUCACAUGAGACAGUGGUACGUAGCCCAUGUUCAGCCUUGCAUUCGUGCCUUCUAGUUUUAAAUCAGUUUUCUGAAGAGCUAAGCCUGCUUUAAUGACAGAAGCUUUUUGCCAAGCUUCUAUGACCUUGUGCUGCUACAGACAUAACUGACUCCGUAAGAAGCAGUCAUGCCUGUAUGGGAAGCUGGUGCUGUCUGCAAGAAAGCUGUCCAGAUACAGCAGCAUUUUAACUAGACCUGUACUGGUUAAACCUCUGGUGCAUCGAGAUACUGUGGGUUUCUGUAGAAACAUUUGAGGGUUCUAGUUCUGUACCUGUGUGUCUGUCUGGUAUGCUUUUAUUUGACUGCAAAAGACCAUGACUGAGCAUAUUUGCAAGCUUUUGAGCCUUGCCUUGACUGCAUUAAGCAGAGGCACUGCUGCAGGCUUAGACUUUUCAGCCUCAUAUAUUAACUGCAUAAAAACUCAUAGUAUUUUGUAAGAAAACUGCUGCUACUGCAACAAAACAGCUCUUGAGAGCUGACCCCUGGGAUAUUUGACUCCUCCCAAAAUAUCAUGUGGGUUUUUUUAUUUAAAAAAAAAAAAAAAAGAUAGGGACUGUUUGUAUUACUCUGGCUUGUAUAUAUAUGGAGUGGUACUGUGCUGUGCCCAGUAAUAAAACAAACUGACAAAGUUAGUCUUCU